ACUCUGGGUCUGAGCAGAUCGGGAUGAACCAUCAAAAAGCCAAGGUCCUCCCAGCUGGGCACUGUUAUCCAUCCCUGGGGAUGUGGGCCUCAGAGGCUGGCUGCGUGAGGCUUUCUGUGCCACCCUCUAUCAGCAGGAAUCCAGCCAUGGUGAACGAGGCCAGAGGAAGUGGCAGUCCCAACCCGCGAUCUGAGGGCAGCAGCAGUGGCAGCGAGAGUUCCAAGGACAGUUCAAGAUGUUCCACCCCCAGCCUGGACCCAGAGCGGCACGAGAGACUCCGGGAGAAGAUGAGGCGCAGAAUGGACUCUGGUGACAAGUGGUUCUCCCUGGAGUUCUUCCCCCCUCGAACUGCUGAGGGAGCUGUUAACCUCAUCUCCAGGUUUGACCGGAUGGCAGCAGGGGGCCCCCUCUUCGUAGAUGUUACCUGGCACCCAGCUGGAGACCCUGGCUCAGACAAGGAGACCUCCUCCAUGAUGAUCGCCAGCACAGCAGUAAACUACUGCGGCUUGGAAACCAUCCUGCAUAUGACCUGCUGCCAGCAGCGCCCGGAGGAGAUCACAGGCCAUCUGCACAGAGCCAAGCAGCUGGGCCUGAAGAACAUAAUGGCGCUGAGGGGAGACCCUGUAGGUGACCACUGGGAAGCAGAGGAAGGAGGCUUCAGCUAUGCCACAGACCUGGUGAAGCACAUCCGGACCGAGUUUGCUGACUAUUUUGACAUCUGUGUGGCAGGUUACCCCAGAGGCCACCCCGAUGCAGAGAGCUUCGAGGAUGACCUGAAGCAUUUGAAGGAGAAGGUAUCUGCAGGCGCCGACUUCAUUAUCACUCAGCUCUUCUUUGAGGCCAGCACCUUCUUCAGCUUUGUGAAGGCCUGCACAGAGAUAGGCAUCUCUUGCCCUAUCCUGCCUGGGAUCUUCCCUAUUCAGGGCUACACUUCCCUUCGGCAGCUUGUAAAACUGUCCAAGCUGGAGGUGCCACAGAAGAUCAAGGAUGUAAUUGAGCCCAUCAAAGACAACGAUGCUGCCAUCCGCAACUACGGCAUUGAGCUGGCUGUAAGCCUGUGCCGGGAGCUGCUGGACAGUGGCUUGGUGCCAGGCCUCCACUUCUAUACCCUCAACCGCGAGGUGGCCACCAUGGAGGUGCUAAAGCAACUGGGCAUGUGGACCGAGGACCCCAGGCGUCCCUUGCCCUGGGCUCUCAGUGCGCAUCCCAAGCGCCGGGAGGAAGAUGUCCGUCCCAUCUUCUGGGCCUCCAGACCAAAGAGCUACAUCUACCGCACACAGGACUGGGAUGAGUUUCCUAACGGCCGCUGGGGUAAUUCUUCCUCACCAGCCUUUGGGGAGCUGAAAGACUACUACCUCUUCUACCUGAAAAGCAAGUCCCCCAGGGAGGAGCUGCUGAAGAUGUGGGGCGAGGAGCUCACCAGCGAAGAGAGUGUCUUUGAAGUCUUUGAACACUACCUCUCUGGAGAGCCGAAUCGCCAUGGCUACAGAGUAACCUGCCUGCCCUGGAACGAUGAACCCCUGGCAGCGGAAACCAGCCUGAUGAAGGAAGAGCUGCUCCGCGUGAACAGGCUGGGCAUCCUCACCAUCAACUCUCAGCCCAACAUCAACGCAAAACCAUCCUCAGACCCUGUUGUGGGCUGGGGCCCCAGUGGGGGUUAUGUCUUCCAGAAGGCCUACCUCGAAUUCUUCACCUCCCGUGAAACUGUGGAGGCGCUUCUGCAGGUGCUGAAGACAUACGAGCUGCGGGUCAACUACCACAUCGUGGACGUGAAGGGAGAGAACAUCACUAAUGCCCCUGAGCUGCAGCCCAAUGCCGUGACGUGGGGCAUCUUCCCGGGUCGAGAGAUCAUCCAGCCUACUGUGGUGGACCCCAUCAGCUUCAUGUUCUGGAAGGAUGAGGCCUUUGCCCUGUGGAUCGAGCAGUGGGGCAAGCUAUACGAGGAGGAGUCGCCAUCCCGCAUGAUCAUCCAAUACAUCCAUGACAACUAUUUCCUGGUCAACCUGGUGGACAACGAGUUCCCGCUGGACAGCUGCCUGUGGCAGGUGGUGGAGGACACGUUUGAGCUGCUCAACAGGCAUCCCACGGAGAGAGAGACACAGGCUCCAUGAGCCUGCAUCUCUCAACAGGCACACCAUGGAGAGAGAGACACAGGCUCUGUGAGCCUGCAUCCCUCAACAGGCACACCACGGAGAGAGAGACACAGGCUCCGUGAGCCUGCAUCCCGGUAUCUUCCUCACCUGGAGCCCCUCUCCCUCAUCUCUCUACACAGGAUAAUGGCAGCUAGACUAGCAGGAAGCGUCCCGGCUCUGGCUGGACCUAAGAUGCCCCGUCGAGGAGGCUGAUGCUCUCUGCUCAAGCCCAGAGCCCGUGUUCUUGCUGUGGCAAGCGCCUCCAUCCUCAGGGGGAGGAGACCAGAGAUUGCCCAGCCACUGCACCAAGGCAGCCUCUAGGAGGUGAACUUUGACCUGGGGUCUGUGUGAGACAGACAGUAGGCACUGUGAAAUACUGAAGGAGGUAGGAAGAGAUGUGCAAAUGAGGGUACAGAAACCUCCUCCCUGCUCAGCGGACUACACACCAGGUCCCCAAGAGAGGCCUGGCUGGUAACACAAGCCUUUCUUGCCAUCUUAGGCCAAAGAGUGCAGGAGUUCUGCCUCUGCAGAAGGUUGGUUGUGUCUGUUCUGUGGCUGGGAAGAAAGUGCCCCUUCAGGGUUAAAAGCGUUCUGUCCUCAAUGGAGGCUUGCUCUUGGCCUUGUUUUCUGUCCUCUUAGCGAGAUUUACCUGGGCAGGGCCCAGCUCUUCCCGUGGCUGUAUGAAGCCUGCUCCCUUGCUUCUGAGCAGACUCCUGCCAGCUGCACCGUCUUCUCUGUUGGGCCUAGACUAGGGGCUGUCCCUGGCACUCCUCCCCAGUCAGCCCUCAGGCCUGGCUGCCUGGGGCAGUGACUGGCAGGCACAGAUGACUGCUCCCAGCCUGCUGGUCUUGUUUGAGUCAGGGAAUGGGAGAAAGCGGUCCGUAGAGCAACUUAGGGAGAGCAGGGGGUUCCUGCCCUCGUCUCCCAGGCCUGGGUGACUGCAGUGGAGAGCAGCCUUGGAGAGAAUGAGCAGAAGCAGCCAGGAGGAGGAGGUCCUUUUAUUGUCCCAGAGCUCCAGGCGCUGGCCCCUCCAACUGUGGGCCUGUUCCCUCCCUCGGAAGGCUGGGCUUGGUUCUCUUAUUUCUCAGGAAUAUUUCAUAGCUGCUGCUGGCCCCUACUCACCCCAUGCCUGCUACACCUGAGCCACUGUAAACUGUUUCCAGGAGCACAGGCUGCUGCUAGUUCUUCUCAUGGGCUCUUGGCUACCAAACGCUGGUGCCACUUUUCAAAGGCUUGGAGGCAGGGCAGGAAGUACUGCUUGUCUCAGGCUCCCUCCAGGGUCUGUACUGGGCCUGUCAGACUUGACACCUAAGCCAUGUUCUGUGUGUCUCAACCAGAGGCCCUUUCCUUUGCCCUGGCAGCCAGCCCACCCUGUCUCUGCCCAAAUAUCUAGGCUCAGAAUAGACUGGACUUGUGACCCGGGAAGCUAUGCCCCGUGACCUGCAAACAAGACAUCUGUUCUGGACGCAGGCCCUGCAAGGACCAGCAUGGGGAGCCACUGCCACAAACAGACUGGUUCUCUGAGUGAGUGAAACUGAUACUUGGCUGGGCUUGAGGCCCCUAGUCAAGGGCUCUAAUGUCCAGGCUGUGUGCUCUGUAACCAAUGGCCAAUUCAACUGAAUGAGGAUAGCGCAGGGUGGUGAGCAGGGACACCCUCCCCUCUCCCUGGCUCAGCCUGGAGGUGGCACUGGUCUUGGAGGGCUGGCUGGGUGAACCAAGGUAAAGUCACCUGGAAAAGGACCCGGCUCUCUUCUCUCUGGUGUAGCUGUUGAGCCACCCGGAGCUGAAGGACCUUUUUCUGCCAUGUCCUCCACGCCUGUUCCAGGUGCCAUUGUCUGAGCUACAGAGAGAGUUGAUAGAAAAGAUCCUCUGCCAUCCUGUCAGCCCUGGCCCUUCUGCUGCCACCCCAGGGUGAAGGAGAUGUGACAAGGGGCCAUCACCUAAGAAAUGUUAAUAAGUGAUCACACCUGAGCCCAUCCCUAAGGCUUUGGGCAUGAGGUGCAAUUAGUAGUUAGUGCCUCCAGCUAGCCAAGGGAUACAUAGGAUGAGUGGGGAGUUGUUCCCAGGGCCUCUGCUUGGUACAGAGGAGCUGAGCCUCCCUACCAGAGCCCAAGACAGCUGCUCCACCCAGUGAACAUCUACCCAGCGCUGCCAUGCCCUUGCCAGGCUCCAGGCCUGCUGGGAAACCUGACUAUGCCAACACUAUAGGUACCUGUCCCUGCAGGCCAAGAACAUCUAACCUCUUCAACAGCAAAGAACAAGAGGCCCAGGCUCGGCCAUUCUGCCAGAGUUGAAAAAUCCCUUGCCUGAAGGGACUGACCACCCCUCCCAUGCACAGCUGGUCCACCUUUGAGGAGCCUGGCCUUGGCCCUUCAGGGCCCUAGUCUCAGAGCUGCAGGGCUCACCUAUUCCUGUAGGGGGCCAGUGGAGGGCCCGUGCAGGCAGUGGCAGCCAGAACUCGAGGGCUGGGCAGAGGGGUCUCUCUGUGACACCUGAAAAGGAGACUUGGGUCAGGAGAGGAUGAUGCCUUGAUUUAAAAGAACAGAAGCCCCACCCACCUACCCCUCAAGUCUCCAGGCUGUGGGCUGGCCCAAGGCGCUAAUGGGAAAAGAAGGGAAUUCUUCAAGUAGCUGGGACACUCAAGAAGAGAUGGACAGGGGCAUUGUUUCAAAGGGUGUGGCCUGAGGACUGAGACUCAAAGCCCAGGUUGUGGUCCUCUGUGCCUCUUCCAUGUGGCCGUGCCAGGCUGAGCAGCACAUUCUCUACAGCAGGUGGCCAGCAGCUGUGAGUCUGAAGGAAGAGCAGGGGGACAAGGACCAACUGCAAUGGGCUUGACCCUGCUGACCACAAGGGGGUCCUGCCUGCCUCCUGCCAGAGCAGGCUCCCACCUGCGUGCAUAAUGGGGCGCUUCACCUGACACUCAGGAGUCCCAAGACCCCCAGAUGAGGCAAGCCACCCGUAGUGGCACAGCUCCCUCUGACCAUCCUCCCCGUUGGCUGAAAACAUCUAAGCAGAGGCUGGCUCAGUACUGCGGUGGAGCUCAGGCCAGCCCUGAGAUUGACAUUAUGCUCCUGAAUUAAGCUUUAGAUGUUGCCGAAGCCUUGCCUCUCACAUGUGGCCUGACUCCAAGGUCUGGGCUCCCAACUAAUGCAGCAUACACAGGGGAUUCACAGCACCACAGAAUGGCUCGCCACCUGCACGUGUUGCCAGGGGAAGGCUACCUGGGCAUGCAUGAACCUGUGGUAAAGAGCAGGACCCUGGGUACCAUUCUCAGUGUCUGCGUGUUUCUAGAAACCUCAGUUUAUCAGCAUAUCAGCCCUGCCUUCACUAACAAGAAGAGAAUGAAAGUACAUAUACUUUUAAAAGGUUCUAGUGUACUGGUGAAAUUUCACGACGCUGAGGCAAGAGGGCGAGAGGCUGCCUCAUGAGCUUGAAGCCACCUGGACUGUAUAAGCUGGGUCUACAAAGCCUGUAACAUCAACAAGCCCAACAGCAUGAGGCCCAUGGUGUGCCAGCACCCUGAGCCCGUACGAGGAUUCUGAAACCCAGCAACGCUAGUCUUGCAAUUCUGUUUCAAAGGCAAAGCCACUUUGAUGCCUUAUGUUCUUUCCAAAGUUAAUUCUGUUCCUCUGGCAUCUGAGCAAGAGUCUUGGUGAGGCCAGAUUGUCUUUGGGAACACUGUCUAGCCUGCCAGGGACUUGGGCUGAGUCCCCUAGUUACAUCUGCAGACCUCUAGGCAGUGUUGUUUCUUGCACCUGGCAUUUGUGAUUAUCUCUCUCCUCCUGAUAGGCCUUCAGCCUCUCACUGUUGUGUCAGAGCUAAGAACUUCUGGUCUGAAGGUGACUUUUUGGUACAGAAAAGAGAAAAACCCAAAUUUCUACUUUAUUUUCUAAAAUGAGCACAUUGCAUUUUUCCAAUUAAAAAAAAAUUGCUGUCUCCAUAUAGCUGUUUUU